GGUGAGGUGCGGUGACGAACGAAGACACAAUUGUAAACGAAAGAAUUAUAUACAGGUCAGUUAGUUUUACGUUGGCCUUUCUAAAAGGUCAUCAUGACGGUGGACAAGCAAGAGUAUCACAGAGCGUCCAACGCGGUCGUUUUUGGUGGAGGACUCUCGUUCGUGGCGCUCUUUCUCCUAAUGAUGGCCUUCAUAAGUCCGUAUUGGAUAGAAUCGUAUCAGGAGACGUUCAGCAACUUUAAGCACAUGGGACUCUGGGAGUAUUGCUUCGAGCAAUUUCGCUAUCCUCAGUAUCAGUUUGACAAACAAUUCGACGGCUGCCACCAUAUAUUUUCACAAGAAUAUUACGUCAUAAGAGAGUGGCUGCUGCCAGUAUGGCUCAUGGUAGUACAGACGUUCGUCACAUUGGCCUUAAUGCUGUCCAUCUUUGCCUUCAUUGUAAUUGCCUUGAUCUGGACACGUUGGCCGUUAAGAUUCGUCCUGCAUUACGAAUGGAUUCUGUCGUCCUUCGUAUUUGUAUGCGAUGCAGUUGCUGGCUUGUUUCUCUUUCUGGCAGUCUCUAUAUUCGGCGGACAAUGCUGGCGCCGGGAUUGGUUAUUGUAUCCGAAUUUUAAUCACUUGUCGUGGUCAUAUGGCCUUGCUGUCAUAUCAUUCAUGAUCCAUACGUUUGCCGCGUUCUUUAUGUAUUUAGACGCGCGGACAGGUUACAGAUUACGCAAAGAGUCUCGUAACUUGGUGAUGCAGAUGCAGCCGAAUCCACAAUCUCAACACGGCCCGCCAAGCCGAAGCGGAUAUGUAUAAAGUAAUCUCGAGUCGUGUGCUUUUGGCGAAAAAUUUAAUUUCCGCGUAAAGUUCUUUUAUUUUUAACGAACACGCAAAAAAUAAGAUCUGUUUCUUAAGAAAGACUGUACACUAUCUGUGUACGAUUUUCAUCCGUCCAUUUAUAUUUAUUCAUAAAAAAUGGAAAACAGUAACAGCUUUAUAUAUAUAAGCUCUUACCGUUAUUUUUAAUGAAUAGCUCCGUGUGAGAGUAGUCGACCAUAUAGUUAGCAGGUCCCGACUCUCAUCCCGUGUAUGUACCUCCGUUUUAAGAGGUUGAUUUUGAAAGUUAAAAGUUAUAAGCAAAAAGAUAUAAGGUGAUCUGUUUCGAGAAUCUAUAUAUUAUAUUUCAUUUGUAUUUAAUUUAAUCGUUAAAAAGGACAAACACAUAUGUGUUAGAUUGUCGCCUUCUCUCGAACUAAUUAUUAUAACUUACAUUCGAUUUUCUUUAAACUAAUUCGCUUAAGCGUGAAUAAUAUCCGUCCGUUGUUAUACUCACGCGCACGCAUUUUUUUAAUCUUUAUAUAUGUAUUUUUUAUACAUUCUAUAUAGAAUACGUAUAAUAUAAUAGAAUUAUAUUAUUUGACUUACAAGUGUAUAGGAAAUUAAUAAA